UGGCAGUGCUGCCGUCUUCAUUUGCAAUACAAAUUUGUGUUUGUCGACGCUUCUACGUCUUCAUAUGCUUUUAAGGUGUGUACAAGCAUACACAGCAUAAAAAUAUGUUUGCAUAUGUCUGCAUAUAUUUACGUAAUUACAAAUCCAAAGCGUUCGCAACCCAACCGCUCCGCGCUCAUUAGUGUUGAACAAAUUGAAAUGUGCUCGGGCGCGCGCGCGCUCUAAUCGUGUAAGAAUGCAUAUCAACUGAAACGUACUACAAAUGGAAAUGCAUAUGCGCAUGUGUGAGUGUGUGAACUGCUUAGUGAAAUAGAGUAAAAAGAUUCAGUAAAACUGUUUGCGACAAAAACAACAAUAAAUCAUAACACUAAUUCGCAAUAAAAAGCGUUAAUAGCCGCAAAAUGCAGGAGAGCUACGUUCGAAAACGGUGGCAAUCUGGUAACAAGAAAUCAAUUAUAAUACAACAAGAAUACACAAUUAUAUUACAAUAAUAAUAAGCUAAUGCGUAUUGUAUUAAUGAAAGUGCAGAAAGUGCAAAAACUACAAUAUAAACUUUAAAGCACCAAAUUGAAUGAAAUUAACAAAAGUUACUACAACAACAGCAGCUGAAAAACGUCAAAAAUUGGCAGGCGACAGGCACUGAGACAGUUAGACCAGCAGGAGCUAGCGCCGAGCAACGGUGGCGACAGCAACGAUGACAGCGACCAUGGCGGCCAAAGAUACAAAUCAAUUGACGCGGACCAACGCCAACAUCACCGGCACCAACACCACCAGCCACCACCAUGUAAUGCGGCAGCCACUUUACUCGCAUCCAUCAGCUUUGGUGAAUACAAUACCGGCAACAACAACAACAGUGCAAACAACGAUGGGCAGAGCGAUAAAUAUUGGUUUUGCUGGCUACACACACGCGCAGACGGAGCCCCAGCAUGCGGGCGAUGGUGGAAUAAUACAUGAAAGGGCGCACCAAUGUAAUGAAGUGUUCAGGCCGACCCGAGUUGCCGCAUGUGUUGAUAUCGCCGUUGUUGAUGACGAUGAGGCCAAUGUCGAUAGCAACGGCAAUGCGUAUAAACGUAGAGAUAGUGUCGCCGCCACGGCUGCUGCAGCUGCCGCGGCUGUUGGUGAUGUUAAUUUUCCCGUUGACACGCGCACAGGUGUGACGACGGGCGGCAUUAUGCUAGACUCUGUGGACGUUGAUGUGGACGAUGAUGAGAGCGACUCGUUCGGUUCGAUGGAGACGUUGUCGGACAAUGUGGCUGUUUGGGUGGACGGCGAGAAGCACUGGGUGGCGGGUGUAGAUGCGAGUACGACGUGUGCGGAUUUGAUUGGCGCGUUGCUCAAUUAUCAAAACGCACAGCAAUUGCAGGAAAAACACUACCAGCAGCAGCAUCAGCCACAACAGCAUAUGUUUAAUGUCAACAGUGGCAAGAACAACAAUAAUAACAUCGUAGGCACCACCGGCAGCAACAACAGCACGCCAAAUCCAGCCAUCAAUCAAUCAGCGUUAAUAAAAACAUCAACGCAUACCAAAGAAAAUUGCUAUCCAUCGCUCGCUGCGAGCGGUGAAUUAACUAUUGGCGAUUGCCUUCCCAUGACAGCUGCUGUGUCGAUGGCGCUAACUGUGCCGGCGACCAGUGGUGGCGCACCUCUGUGUGGCAACCGGCUGACUAACGCCACUGAGUACGUUAUUGUUAAGCAGCAUCGCCACUGUGAAGAGUACUUGGAUGGCAAUGCGAAGGUAUUCGAUGUGAUGCCGGUGCAGGAUGGAACGUCAAGGAAGGAGUGCGAAUUGCUAUUGCGUCGCCUUACUGCCGCCAAUAGCCACAACAACUGCAGUGGGAACAGCAAUAAUGGGACUUUCACAGCAUUACCUAAUGCACUGCACCGCCCCAGCUCACCUUCGCUCAAUCUGAAUACACAGGUCUCCUCGUUGCUCUCCACAGACAAGGACAGUGGCAUGGGCAGUCCGGUGGGGAGUUCGCGUAGUGCACGGUUACGUCGCCGCAAGUACAAAUCAGCCGCUACGGUCAGUUGGUUGGCACAGGCGAAUACGUUGCAUCCACGCGUCUCACAACGAGCUGUGGCCGCUUUCAGCGGACUCGGCAACGCGCUGAACAACGCACAGGAGAGUAAAGGUGGUGGCAAGCAUAUCGCCGUCAUCGACUGUGGAAUGGGCGAGGAGGAUGAUGUGGCCGCGGAUGCGCUGGAUGGCUUAGGAGGAGGCGGCGAUGGAGGUGAAGGGGGCGUAAGUGCAAAUGAGCGGCUACUGAAAAUUAUUCUAGCGCAGGACGAAACCAUUCAUCGACAGUUGGCCCUUUUAAGAGAAAAGGAGCGACAAAUUUCGAAAAUUGAGGAGGAGAAGCAUCGCGUACGCGAGCGUGAAUUGGGUAAAAAUUAUCUACUCGAAACGUACCUGAAUGGCCUGGAUGAGGCGCACGCUGAGCCCGAUUUGGAGGCGUGCACCGAUGUGACAUUGGCCGAUAGUCCGCUUAAUGAAUUCAAUGAUGUUCGCGUUGCUGAUACUGGCCUCGUUCAUUACGGUGAUGGCGUUGGUGCUGGCGCCGCAGAUGGCGUUGGCCGUGAUGGUGAUGCUGACGUGGAGAUAUAUAUUGAUGAAUCGUAUCAGCGGUCAGCGAGGAAAAUUGGGGCGCAUAUAACCGUGGCAGCAGUAAAAAUAACAACAUCAAAUAAAAAGGAUAUUGAAACAUCCAAAGCAAGAGAUUUCAAUUCGGAUGCGCGACACUCGAAGAAAUUAAAGGGCGAUUUCAGUGGAGAUGGUGGAGAAGGGGCAGCAGUGACAGGCAGCAAGAUUGAAACAAAUAAGCAACCAAUCGCCAACUGUCAAGACAACGAGACGGACGUGGAAGCACAACUCGUGUGGCUGGAAAAGAUCUACGCACUCAACAAGCAACUGCAACGUGAGGAGGAGAUGCUGCUGAGGUUACACGCGAAAAUACGAAAACAUCAAGUGAAACGUGCCUACCAAACCAAACGUGAAGUGUUGCAGCAAAUUGAGAAAUUGGAUGCCAAGUUGACGUUGCAAUGUUGUGACAUACGCGCCGUGGAGAGUAAAUUGCACGCGUCCAACGAGCAACUGAAACAGAAGCUGGGCGUAUUGGAGCGGCUGAGUCAGGAGUUUUUGCAGACGAUGGAGACGCCGACGGCAGAGGAAGUGCUCCAUGCAAAUGCGGCUGACGGGACGGUGGCGGUUGUUAGUCAGAUGCCUGCUAAUCGAAUGCCAGAUGUAAUUAACAAUGACGGGCAUAAUCUUGCUACAAAGUUGCCUACCACUGAGGUGGCAAGACCGAAAGAGAUGUGUAUGGCUGAUGUGUCGUUGCAUGCGAAACAGACGACAAAACAGCUAGCGGCGCAAGAAAGUUACCAGUUACAGCAAAGUGGUGGCACGCAAGAAGCUGUGUGGCACUUACAAGAUGAAAAUAUGGACUUGCCACAGACAAUGCACGCAACCGCCGCUCAUGAUAAUAAAAUUAAGGAAUUGAGUGAGCUAACGCAAACAAAUACAACAUCAAUGACAACAACUCAAAUACAAUCAGCUGCAGAAAACGAAAUAGCAACAACAACAAAUGUGCCGACAUUGAGGCAUGCAACGACGUUGGUAUCAAAACUGACAGCGACAAGUUGUACCGCAUCAUCGUUAUCGUCAGCCAGACAAACGACAGCCGUAACGACAACAACAACACCCUCAGAUACAACAACAAAUGCGCUGUCAACUGCAGAGGCAGCCAUAUCUGUAUGCAAGAUGCCAGCUAUGUCGCUGGCGGAUGAAAAACAAACCACAGCACUACAUCUUCUUCAGCCGCAGCAUCUGCAACAACAACCGCAACUGGAACAGCAACAACGAGCGCAGCAAAAACAAUUACCAGCGGCGGCUGAAGACGACAAUAACUCACAACAAUGUGUCGCCGCUGAUGACUUGCUCGUCGAUGCACUGGCAGCCGUUGGCGGCGUGGCACUUCCGCAAAACAAUUAUCCAAUUAGUUGCAUUAAUCAAGCGGCUAUACACGACACCAGUACGCUACCAACGCAGCUGAGUGUUGUUGCAGCUGCAAAUUUCGCAACGCCUGAGCAAGCGUUGCCAACAGCCACAUCACUAUUGCCAGCCGCCUAUUUAACGUCUUCAGCAACGCACUCCGCAGGAAAUAUAACAAGCUUGCAACAACAACAGCAAGCGCAGUUAGUGGCACAACCGCAAUUGUUGCCGCAAAGACAAUAUUUGAACUACAUGAAUGCUAGCUGCAUGAGCAACAACAACAGUUGCGAUAUCAGCAGCAACAACAACAACAACAAUACUAACAACAAGAACUUAUUACCGCCCUCACAUGCCGCCCACACGAAAACGCUGCAGAAACAAAUGUUCGGUCCGAAAUCUCUCAAUCAGCGACAGCCAACUGCAACAAUACACACCUCAGCGACAACGUGGACCACACCUUCCGUCCCCAUGACAACGCCCAUUCUUGUGGGAGCGCAUACCGGCUUCAGCAUGCCAUCAAUAUUAGCACCGCUUCGUCCGACGACGCCGACAGCACUUUCGGUUGCACCUGUGGUUCCUCCGGUUGUGGAUAUCACGCAGCUGGGUACACUGGUCUAAAGAUAACGAUGGGUUACUUGGUUGUUUGCUGACCAGCAACCGCACAUUUGCUCAGCCAGUGGGCAAAGGAGAGCGCCUUGAGUGCUCAAUACAGCUGGUGUAGGUUACACGUUGACUAUAAAUUGAUGCACAGUGUUUUAAAUUAGGUUUACCAACAGCUACUUGUAAAGUGUAUAAAAAAAAAUUUAUAAACGGGGAUUUCUAUUAUUUAAAGUUCUAAAACUAUCGAAUUCUUAAGAAGGUGUCCCGUUACUCAAUGAAUGCAAAUAACCACUUAAAACCCAUAAAAUCGGAAUAAAAAUUCGAUGCAAUUUUGACCAUUUUGAAACAAUUUACAAAAUCAUAUUUCCUUGAUUUCACUCUUAGAAGAAACGUUUUUUUCCAAAAUUCGAACUAUAUAUCACCAAAAGGUAUCUGCGUAAUCACGCUCAUCCGAGGCCGGGUGUAGUUAAAAUAUACAUCUAAGAAUUUGUUAAUCAACAACUACUGAGCGUAAUUGGCUAUCAGCCCUUAUUCGUAUCAUCUAAAAUUACUCGAGUGUGAUUCAAUCUCUCACUUUUCCCCAGACUAUGUAUUCAAAGGCAGAGAGAAAGAGUAAUGGGGCAGAUAGAUGUAAAAUUUUAAUCUUUACACAAAUUACUGUGUGUAUUUGAUUCCAAAAUCGCCCACAGUUUAUUCCACUAAAUCAAAAACCAACUUAAGAAGUUUACCUAAAUUCGUCCAAAUAUGCGGUAAAUGUUGGAUUUCCGCAUUUUUAUGACGGUGUCAUGGACAUCAACUGACUAAAAAACCGCGCCUUUUGUCCCACUUUCUACAAAAAGGACAUAGAUUAAAACCAGAAAAUUUCCCGAAAUUGUAAAUAAGACCAAAACUUUUUAAUCUUCAUCAAUAUUUAUUUUGUCGCCUUCAAAAUAUGUCCCUUCUGAAGCGAUACACAUAUGCCACCGCUUUUUCCAAUCAUCGAAACAUACCUUGUAGGUCCAAGUUCGGGAUCGCCUUCAGUUCCCUCUACGAGUUUUCUUUUACGGCCUCAAUCGAGUCGAAACGGGUUCCACGGAGUGGUAACUUCAGUUUUGGAAACCAAAAAAAAAAAACGCAUGUGGCCAAGUUCGGUGAAUACGGUGGUUGAGCGAAGGUAUUGAACGAGUUUUUAGUCUUAAAAUCCUUCAGUAAUCUCUGUAGCAAUCAGAAAGCUUCCGGAAAUAGUUUUUUUUUCUAUAUUCGCGGUUUAGUUCUUCAUGAACUCGUCCCAACGGUCAAUAAAAAAAAAAACACGACAGCCGGUCAAUAAAAAGUAAUAUUUGUAAUAUUUAAACGUCCGGAAUUGUGGGUCAACAAUUUCCGGAAACUUUCAGGUCUUAAUGUACAAGCAUAUGGUAAAUAUGGAGUAAGAAAGCAUUCAUGAAAACCCAUUGUGUAUUCUUUAGGUGAAAAACUUUAGCUAUUUUCUCCAAUAUAUUAAAAAUUCUCAAUUAGAAUUUAUCAACUCGGAGAUGAUCUCAAACUCAUACGCUCUGGCACCUGCUAUGACGUAUUCGCUUCUUAUUUAACAAGUAUUUUGCGAUUCUAAGACACUGUGCAGCACCGUUUAUUGUCACACGCUGUUGUCGUAUCUUCCUGGCCUCGCCCGCGGCAAUGGCAACGCUGUGGAACCACUUAUCAUUAAACGUUGGGAAUUUGUGGCGACGCUUAAGCGGCAUUACAAUGCAUAGUUAUAUUUAGAUAUUAGUUGUUAUACAUACAUACAUUUGUACAUACUUUUAUAUGGACUUGGCCACCAGGCGUGCUUUCGUGUCUUGCGAUGCUCGAUUUUUAGCAAUUUUCUUUAUUUUCCACACAUUUCUUUCAACUCUACAAAGUGACCUUACUUACGUGUCGUUUAUGGCACAUUUUCAUACACAUACAUACAGACAUAUGUAUAAAUAUAUAGUAGAUUGUUAAGUAUAUAUUAGUAAGAUCGUGCGGACAUUUGCGUAUUUGCAAUGGAGAUUUUUUCACAAAUAAUAUAAGAUAUAAAUAAAGUGUGGUGGUGUUUGUAGUUAUGUGCGUAUUUAUGCAUCCAUUAUGUACAUACAUAUGUAAGCAAACGUAUUAUUAUGUAAUCUUAUUUAUGACUUCUAUUAAAUCGAUGUAAGUACAUACGUUUUUUCGUUCAAUGUAAAUGUAAUACUAUACACACCCAUAACGGUUUCCAUUAAAAAAAAAUUGCGUGGGCAUGCAAAAAUGCACGUGCGCGUAUGCACAUAUGUGGGUGUGUGUGUGAAGCUUUCAGCAACGCGUUUUUGCGCGCUUUUCUAUUUUUUAAGUGAAUACUUGUGGUUAUUAUGCGCAACAGCCGAAAAAAUGGCAAAAUAAUAUUAUUUAAUGAAUUUAAAUACCGCCUCACACACACGCACACAAUAUUUGUAUGGUUAAAUUUUGCCUUUGAAUAUGUACCAAAUUGUUGUUAAUUAACCAAAUAAAUUUGAUUAUACAUA